CAUCCUCCAAGUUCUCCCCUGGACAAUUAUGAUGGAAUCUUUAAGAUGGUCAAUUCCAAUUAAAUACAAAUAAAAAGAGCUUGGUUUUUUCCAUUUGGAACCCAAACCAUGGUUUAAAACUUGUUUUAUCAAAGUCAAUUGCUUAUUGGAGAAACGCACCUACUUAAUCCAAUCACAGACCAUGCUGUCCGAGAAUCUUGCUACAUACAACUAGGUUUUCAAGAGAAGCAAACAAAUUAAUAGUACUAAUGUUCUUCAAUCCGUGCCCCACAUGCAUUGGAAUCCAAUUGGCCGAAACUAGUUAACAUUCUAUUCGAGUCGGAGUUAGAAUUAGAAAUAAUUUUUUGUCAAAACUAAAAAAAUUAUCUAAUUUUCGAAAUAGGAUCGUAGACGAGUAAAUAAUGAGACUGGAAUGAGUUAGUUCCGACCUGAUUCACGGUUGCUUGGGUCUUGCUGGAAUAUCAUUAUAGUAUGUUUUUUAACAAGUGUAAUGUGGUUAAUCCAUUCGGACUUCAAUCUUGUCAUGCAUCAUUGUCAGCAUCCACAUUAUGUACAUGUAUUUGCAUGAAUCCUUAAUGUUUUCGGACAGUGAAGAUGACAUAAUCUAUUAUUCUAUGCACAGGCCCCACGUGUACAACAUAGAAACACACACAAGAUUCCAUCAAGUGUGUGUACUUAUAAGGUUGACCAUUGAGCUUCACAGAGUAUCCUGUUUUGCUCCACAAUGACCAGCAAAAAUUCAGGGGCUGCUGGCUCAUCAAGUAAGCCUCCUCAGCCUUAUGAGCAAGAUCAGCUGUUGCCGAUUGCAAACGUGGCGCGAAUCAUGAAGGAAAUCUUGCCUGCUAAUGCAAAGAUAGCCAAAGAAGGGAAAGAAACAAUGCAGGAGUGUGUUUCUGAGUUCAUAAGCUUUGUGACAGGUGAAGCAUCUGAAAAGUGCAGGAAGGAAAGGCGGAAAACUGUCAAUGGGGAUGAUAUUGUCUGGGCUAUUGACAGGCUUGGUUUCGACAAUUAUGCCCAGCCACUCAAGAGGUAUUUGGAUAGGUAUAGAGAGAUUGAAGGGGAUCAUAGAGCAAAUAUGAAUAUUGUUCAUGAUAGAGUUGGUUAUGAUCAUGAAGGAAAUGGACGGUUUCACUUGUAUGUUAAAGAUGCACAACAGGAUCGAAUGGAUGAUAACCAUCCGAAUGGUGAUCAUUAAGAAAGAGGUCACCACUGUUAGCUUGCUUGUUUAGCCUUAUGUAUGAUCCUGUUAAGCCCUUCUAACAACUUGAGGUCUUAGGUGAACUGGUCACUAAACAUGGUAUGAGAGACAGGUUCGUGUUAGAAUACAAUAUGAUCCUGAUAAGCCCUCCUCCUAACACCUUGAGGUUUUAAGAGAACUUGUCUCCAUCUAUAUGAUGGUGAUGAAUCGUAGGAUUAUAAUAAUUUUUUGUUAUAAAUUUUGUUGUUUAUCUACUCUGAUCGUACAACAUCUGAGGCUUAAAAUAAAAAAACUGCCUCCUAAUUCAUGUUACACUUGAUUGAUUUAGCUGAGAAUAUGAGGUCCAGGAAGAUUGUUCAAUGUAUAUAAAUCUUUUCUGUAAUGGAAACCCCAUCCAUCCACCCUUGUCUUCGUCGUACUUAUCCUCAACCUCCAGUGAAGGGUCAUGACAAUUUUACUGUAGCAAGAAUCCCUUGUUUUGGCGUUAAAAUUCAGUUCUUCCCAAGUAUAUAGCACUCUUUCUUCGAAUAUACCAUUGGUUCUGCA